AUGGCAUAUGGGUACAAUCGUGCACAUGCCUUACCGCUAGACUUUUGGAGCACUAAAAUUUCGCAAUAUAGAUUCACAUAUAUUAUGCAUGCCUUGCUCAUUCUUGCCGACAAUAUUGUGCUCUCUCUGACAUGGAUUAAGACAUUCGGGAUCUGGAAGAAUGCCUACCGCCUCCACAUGAGAGUGUCGCUAACGACAUGCCUGCUGUGUGAUGAAACUAUCUAUUUUAUGGCUCUACUGGCAACGAAUGUAGCCGAGAUGAUGAUCAACCACAACUUCACUAUGGUCCAACAGCGACCAAACUCAAUGGGUGCAGCCACCAGGGCUUGA